AGAGAUAUAGAGAGCGAGAGACGGAGAACAAUGGAAGGAAGCUCGAUAAUACCAGAUUCAGUGAUGGAAUCGGUGAAGAAAACCUUGGGGGACGUCGAAGAACUUCGACCCCGCCUCCUCCAAUUCCUCUCCCUCGCCGACGCCGACGUCCUUGCCGAAAUGCCGCCGCUCGAGCGCGCUCACUCGUUGCUUAUGCUCUCCAAGGCCACCACCCUCCUCUUCGCCUUAAGGCUGAGGUGCACUGGAGUAAACCCAUUUAACCAUCCAGUCAAAACGGAGUUCGAUAGAUUAAAAUUGUAUGAGGAGAAGCUUGAGAAGUUGGUGGAUUUGAGUAAAGCUCCCUUGCGACCAUCUACAACUUUAAAUCAUCAGGCAGCUACCCGUUUCAUCGAGCAUUCUUUGCCAGACCUCACCCCUGAUCAGAGGCAAAGUAUGAGAGCCAUUAGCAAAGGAGACGGGCCAACCAUGAAGUAUCUAGAAAGGAAUGCCCCAAAGAAGAGGAAAUAUCAAUCCCCUAAUAAACAAUCAGUUCAAUCUGCUGCCAAGGAAUUCCUUGAGAAAGCAGCACGAGAGAUUCUUGGUGAUAAUGAAGGUGGUCUGAAGGGACCUAUACAGAUCAGCAGUUCAGAUGAAGAGGACGUAUCCAUGAGCUGAUUCCUGAUUUUCCCGGGUUGCGUUGCGGAGACCAGAUAUGCUUUCGUUGUGGAAUGAUCCGUCAUCCGUCCUCUCUGUAGUGCUUUUGCGUUUUCUUUCUUUUCCACAGUGCAAGAUUUUGUGUUGUUACCUUUUGAUUAGUAGAAAUGUAGUCGUAAUUUACCAGACGAAUGUAUCAGCAUCUUAUUACGUCUUGAACGGGAAGGUGUUGCUUGGAGGAAUGUAUUAUCCA